AGUCACUGAAGAACGGAUCACCGUCGCCGAUGUCCUAUGAAUUCUUCCUUUCAAGACGAAGUCAGUCGUAAUUACUUAGUAAUUAGUUUAAACUUCCCUAAUGGUCGUACAAAAUGCAAAACGUCGCUUAGCCACACGUUAACUGGAGCCACUUGAAUCACUUUUGGUUUAUUCACAUCCCUUCCCUUGUGACAUUAAGUUGAUCUUCUCGGCCAGAUGAUGGAGAGUGAACAAAGUAGUUAUGAAGACAUUGCUCAUGAUGGUCAGAACAGUAAGCCAAUGGAAGGAGUUUUCCACAGCCAUUUAAAGGAGAGAGUUCGUCCUUAUAUUGAUGUGAUUGACUCUUUGAGGCUGAUUGGCAUUGAAGAAGAUUUGGCUUUGCCAACUAUUGCUGUAAUUGGAGAUCAGAGUUCUGGAAAAAGCUCUGUGUUGGAAGUACUAUCUGGGGUAGCAUUGCCCAGAGGGAGUGGUAUUGUGACAAGAUGUCCACUGGAGCUGAAGCUGAGGAAGGUAAAAUUUGGUGUUCAAUGGAAAGCUGUAAUAUCUUACAGAGAUAAGUGUGAUAAAUUCACUGACCCAUCAGAGGUUGAGGGUUACGUUAAGCAAGCCCAGAAUGAUCUGGCUGGAGACGGAGUUGGAAUUUGUGAUGAACUCAUCACUUUGGAGAUCACGGCCCCUGAUGUAUGUGACCUCACACUGAUCGAUCUCCCUGGGAUUGCCCGAGUUCCUAUAAAAGAUCAGCCUGAAGACAUUGGACAUCAGAUCAAAAAACUCAUUCUGAGCUAUAUAGAGAAGGAUCAAACUAUAAAUUUGGUCGUGGUCCCAUGUAACGUUGACAUAGCAACAACAGAAGCUCUGAAAAUGGCACAGGAAGUGGAUCCUGAAGGAAAAAGGACUCUGGCAAUUCUUACAAAGCCAGACCUUAUAGACAAGGGAACAGAAAAGAACAUCAUGGAUAUAAUCCGAAAUCAGGUCAUUCCCUUAAGCAAAGGCUAUAUCAUUGUUAAAUGUCGUAGCCAAAAGCAAAUUGAUGAUAAGAUCUCUCUGACUGAGGCCACUCGAGUAGAGAGGGAAUUCUUCAGACGUCAUGAAUACUUCAGUUGCCUGUUGAGUGAGGAGAAAGCAACUAUUCAGUGUCUUGCUACCAAACUGACUCAAGACCUGGUUGAUCACAUCAAACAAUCAUUACCACUGAUCUCAGAGGAGCUCAAGAAGCAGCUGUGGAGCUGUAGAAAGGAGCUGAGUCAGUGUGAAGCUGGACCACCACUGGAUCCACAGAAGAGGAAGACCUUCUUUAUUGUGACCUUGACGAAAUUUAAUGAUAAGAUCAACCGAUUGACAAGUGGGGAAGUGAUCAACAAUGAUAACAUGUUUGCGAAUCUUCGGUCUGAAUUCAGAAAGUGGAAAGAGCAUCUUGACAACACAAAGGCAUCAUUUCACAAAACGGUCCAGGAAGUGGUGAAUGAAUAUAACGUGAAACACAGAGGACGAGAGUUGCCCGGCUUCAGUGACUACAAGUUGUUUGAGAUGGUGGUGCAGAAUCUUGUGAUCCAGCUUACAGGACCAGCCAUUGACACACUCAGGGUCAUCAGAGAAACCAUUCAGCAACAGUUUUCAGAUGUGUCCAAAACCUGCUUUCUCCACUACCCUUACCUCCAUUCUGUUGCAGUGAACAAGAUAGGCAACAUUCAGUCAAAGCAGGAAGCCAAGGUGAAGACGAGGCUCAUGGAGCAGUUUGAGAUGGAGCAACUGGUCUACACUCAAGAUGGCAUCUAUUUCAAAACCUUGAAUGAGAUACACUUGCCUGAGGAACAGAAAGCUUCAGAAGAAAACUUUGCUGGAUUUGAUAGCAGAAGCAAAUAUCCUGAAAUGCUGCAGGCUUAUUACGAGAUCGUGGUGCAGCGUUUGGCUGAUCAGGUGCCCAUGUUGAUCAGAUACUUCAUGCUGAAGGAAUCUGCUCAGCUGUUGUGCAGCGAGAUGUUGGGUUUAAUGGACGGUGCCAACGUGGCCGAUGUCUUGCGUGAAGAGUCGAAUAUCGGCAGACAUCGUAUUGAGCUGCAGAACCGUUUGGAACGUCUUACCGUUGCUCAAGGGAAACUCAGCAACUUUGUUUGAAGCUACAGGGCUGCUGUAGAUCAGGGUUUUACAUUUUUUUUAAAUUUUAGCACCCAAUUAACCUUUCAAUUAAUAAAUAUGAUUCUAAAUACUACAGAUCUGUUGGCUUGUAAACCCACUGAACGUCACCACUGAUUUUAAAGGAAUCCAAAUAUUAUAGCUGUUCUGAUAAUAACCAUAAAGAACUCGACAAAAUAGUUGAGUGCUCAUAAAUUCUUUCUGGCUUUUUCUUAUCCCUUAAAUGAUGUAUUUAUGUAUAAUAUAAAAUUAAACUUGGCAACAAGUACAACAUAGCAAUUCUAAUUCUAAUGGAUAUUGAAUCAGUACAGAAAAACAUAUAAUACAAAUUAUAAGAAAGACAUGAUUUAACUACAGUUAUUUCAAAUCAAUUUCAAAUCAAUAUUUGCUGUCAUUUUUUUAUGGUCAAGUCAAGUCAAGAAGCUUUUAUUGUCAUUGUCAUUUCAACCAUAUAUAGCUGUUGCAGUACACAGUGAAAUGAGACAACGUUUUGCCAGGAUCAUGGUGCUACAUAGAACAAAGACAGAGUUAUAAGGACUUAGUAAGUUAGUCCUAGAUACAUAAAGUGCAUCUGUGCAACCAGUGCAGGACAAGACAAACAAGACAGUGCAGGACAAAAGCCACUGCAAACAAAAAAUUACAAGUCAAUACACAAAAGACAAUAAACAGAAGCAGUGGAAAUAUUAUAUAUUCAACAAUAUUGCAUGUGCAGAAAUACUGGAAUGAACACAUUAGUAUUAUAGCAGCAGUUACCUGAGAUAUUGUAAAUGAUUGUGCAAAACAGCAAACGACUGAAAUGUGAGACAGCAUGUGCAAAGAGCAAAAAACAAUGUGCAAAAACAGCAUGUAAACAGUUUGAUAGAUAUAUAUUGGAAGUGUGUGUAUUUGUUGUAAGUUUGUGCAGUCCAUACAGAUGAUGUGUGUUGUUCUCAGUACAGAUCAGUAUUGAAUCCAGAGUGGCCGCUGCGUGCUACUGCCGAUACUGCUUUUGGGUGCAUUAUACAAAGGCAAUAUUAACAUACACUCAGUCAAAUGUAUGCAGUCUGAGGGUUUUUGGGUAUAAUGCAUGUUUUAUUGUAUUCAUGUCAAGCUUAUAAGAAGUUCAGGAGUUUAUAAGAGUUUAGGAAUUAUGAUAUGCAUGAUAACUUAUAGAAGAAAAUGUGGAAUACCAUCAUAUUUAGCCUAGGACUAUGAUGAAUUUAAUUGUAAAAUUUUGUGAAUUUUUCUGUAAAAAUGUCCAUUGUUAAAAGUGCUAUGCAAAUUAAAUUAAAUUGAAUUGAAAUGAAAAGACCAGAUUAUAGCUAUUAAAAAAUAAAUUUUCAAAAUUUAAGAUGAUACAAAUUUCAUUUUGCACCAGAAUAAUGGAAAGAGCAUAUGGAUAAAGAAAGUGUCACCCAAAUGAGGAUGAGGUUCCCUUCUGAACCUAUCAUAUUUAUCCUAGGACGAUGAUGAAUUUAAUUAUAAUUUUUAGUCUAUGUUUAUUUUCUGUAAAGCUGCUUUGAGAGAAUGUCCAUUGUUAAAUGUGAUAUAAAAAUAUAUUGAAUUGAAAUGAAAAGACCAGAGUAUGGCUAUCAAAAAAAGAAAAAAGAUACCAAAGAAAAUCCAAUAUUCUCAAAAUUUAAGAUGAGACAUAUUUGAAAGAGUAUGAAUAAAAAAAGGAACUGUUUUACUGUCCAGUCUCACACAAAUGAGGAUGAGGUUCCCUUAUGAGCCUGAUUUCUCACAAGGUUUCUUCCUCAUAUCAUCUCAGGGAGUUUUUCCUUGCCACCAUUGCCUCCGGCUUGCUCA